AUGAUUACAUCUCUUCUUGCAUUUCCGUAUUUUGCUUUGGUUUUUAUAUUUUAUCGUCAAUCAAAUGGUUUCAUUAAGAGUUGUGAUAACUUAUAUGAAUAUUGGAAAACAUUACCAGUGUUAAUCUUAAGUAUACUUUACUAUUUCGUUGGUUCGAGUUUUAAUAGCCGACAGCAUGCUUAUACAUGUCUUGGGUUACUGUUUGGAGCUAUUGGAGACUACUUAAUCGUUCGACCGAGCGAUGGCUUAACUCUUGGAGCAAUUUUUUUUGCCAUUGGUCAUAUAUUUUAUUUGGUUAGUAAAAAAUUUUUGCAUUAUAUUAAUAUUAUACAUAUAUUUAGUUUACUUCAGUUAUCAUUUACGUAUCGAUUGGGCAAACUUUCCUUGUGUAUACUUAUCUCAACAAUACUAGCAAGUUUUAUGGUUCUUUAUACAACCUUAACAAUGCUGUUAAUUAGUCAUGCAAUGAUUUCAAUGGCUAUGAUAAUUAUUUACUCACUGCUGCUAUCAGUAUGUGUAAUAUUCAGUGGUUCUCUUUAUCUUCAAGGGGGACCAUGUGACCACCCUCGACAAUAUAAUAAUCUACUUCGUUUUCUGGGUUUUAUAUUAUUUUAUCUAUCGGAUAGUGCGUUUAUCAUUCACCAUGUUGGCAUUGAGAUACCAAAUGCAGAAAAAUUAAUUCUGAUAACUUAUUUUAUGGCGCAAUAUCUCAUCUUGUGUUCCUCUUCAUACAAUUACUGUAUUGCAAUAAAUAAACAUAAAACAUGA